CUUAUCCGGCUACCACUUCGAAAUUCGGAUUUCAUGGACCUGGAUGCCGAAUACUCAUGGAAACCGCCGGUGUAUCAUCUCUCCAAGCCGCCUACAGUUAGCGAAGAAUUUCUUAUAGAGAAAUUUGAGCCGGGAGACUUCCCUCGGUCUGCAAAGUGGUGUUAUGAUGGUUCAGCACUACUGGUUCACUGCGAGCAACGGUCCUUUCGAAUAUGCGCUUCUCGUCGACCGCAAAACGAGCCACAACCACACUCAAUAACUGCAACCAACCUUCCGCAAGCAGCGCCUAUUGUCGAUUAUACCUGGUAUCCUACGGCCUCCUCUUUAUCCCCUCCGACAUUCUGUUUUGCUGCCUCGGUGCGGGAAACCCCUGUCAAACUUCUGGAUGCUUCAGACGGACGGCUUCGUGCAUCCUACCCAAUAGUAGACCAUCGAGAGCGACAGAUAGCGCCACACAGUCUGGAAUUUAAUGCCCUUGGGACAAGACUCUAUUGUGGAUUUGACUCCGCUAUUGAGAUAUUCGACGUCUCUCGUCCGGGGGCUGAAGGAACUCGGCUACAUACCUCGCCGUCGAAGAAGAGCAAAGAUGGUUUGAAAGGGAUUGUCUCAGCCCUCGCUUUCCACCCUUCCUCAGAGCUAUUCGUUGCCGGCAGCCUUUCUGCUGUCACGGGGAACAUUGCUCUGUUUAGUGAGGAAGACGAGGGUCAUACUGGGCCAGUCAUGUUCCUCGGUGGCGGUCCAGCGGCGGGAGUAACACAGUUGCAUUUUACUCCACUCUAUCCAAAUACGCUAUACGCAUCUUUUCGAAGGAACCCUAUGGUCUAUGCAUGGGAUAUCCGCGCUAAUGGCGCUGUCCCAUGCGACAUCUACUCGAAAACGGCGAGUAGUAAUGUGGUGAAAGAAAAGCGGACAACUAAUCAGCGACGCUGGUUCGAUAUUGAUAUCGGUGGAAGAUAUCUUGGGGUGGGAGACGAGCGAGGCGCCGUGUCAAUAUUCCAGCUCAACAACGCAGUUGCGCCAGAGGUCCCUCCACCCGCUACAAACCAAGACCUUAAGUUUGUUUCCGAGUCUUCGACGACACGAGAGACAGAGCCUACGAUAACAUUCUCUGCGCAUUCAGACGCCAUCGGGAGUGUAGCCUUUCACCCAACCCGUGCGGCAUUGGUAUCCGUUGGCGGCUCUCGGCACUGGAACGACUCGGACGAUAGCGAUUCAUUAAACUCUGAGGAGGAGGAGGACCAGGCAUAUCAAGAGGAACGUUUGGCGAGAACUGCAAGAAGGCUUAAAUUUGGCAAGCAACCCAGGGCGAUAGAGGCAGCGGUCAAGCUUUGGGACUUCGACAUUGAGUAG